UUCACAGACGCUGGAUUCCAGCAUGUAGACCUAUUCUUCAUUGACGGAAGCACGCCAUCCGAAGAUAUUGUUGAAAAAUUUAUUCGUGUCGUUGACAACUCUAAAGGAGCAGUUGCAGUGCAUUGCAAAGCUGGACUCGGCAGAACCGGAACAUUGAUUGCCUGCUGGAUGAUGAAGGAAUUCGGCUUGAAUGCUGCGGAAUGUAUGGCAUGGUUACGGAUAUGUCGGCCGGGGAGUGUGAUAGGUCCACAGCAGGAAUAUCUAGUGUCAAUGCAGAAGUUUUGCUGGUCCAUGUCACAGAACAACGUUGUGCAGAAAGCGCGCCGCAGUGGACAGGAAGUGGGAUCAGAAAAGAAGUCUUUCGGAAAGCUUGUCUCAAAGGUCGACGAAAUUCGGCUCACACAUGCUGUACAAAAUGGAAUAGACGGGCAAAAUAUGUCACCUCGACCUCGCCCAAAUAUUCUUCCACUUCGGGGCAGAUCAAGAAAGUCAUUGGAUACUAAUGGAAACACGACAACAUCUCCCCGUACUCCCGAGGUGUGUGCAUGA